GCGAGCCCGAUUCGUCUUUCUAGAGGGCGCCGGCGUUCGUCCAUGAGAGGCUCACAGGCCAAAAGCCUGCCCAGCUCGCCUGCGCCAAUCAACAUGCCAUCCAACGAUGCCUUGUUUCUGCAUGCCACUAGGUUGUAAAAGCCAGGUGUGUAGGGGACACCUUGCUUUGCAAUCAUCAGCUCUCCAGCCUGCGAUCGGAGUGUGUGGAGUGAAAUCCCGUGUGCUUACAAGCAUUAUAUGUCGCAGCUCAAUGCAUGCUCAGGAGUGGUGCCGGCGGCGAGACAGCUUGGUGGUGUAGCUCGGAAAAGCUACGUGGCUCACAGCCCCCAAAGGACCAAAUGUCUUGUGUCAUUUUUGGCCCGGGGUGAUGUGUGGCACGCUGGGAAGUGACUGCCCAUUCAUGCAGCGGAUUUGACGCCACGUGCAUACGAGCCCUGGACGCCACCUUUAUAGUGCUUUGCGUGCUUGAAUCUCAUCUCGCGACCUUUCCAGGCUUCGCUUUCGUGUAUAUGCGAUAUAAGGAGGAUGGUGAUGAAGCUGUUAGACGCCUGGAUCGGACUGAAUGGGGCUACAAGCGCAGGCAACUACGUGUGGAGUGGGCGCAGAAAACAGAAGCUGACCGGAAGCGCGACACCCGCCCAUCCAAAACGCUCUUCGUCGUAAACUUCGAUGUACGGCGGACGUCGGAACGCGACAUUGAGCGUUAUUUCUCCCGUUUCGGACGGUUGUCGCGCGUACAGAUAAAGAAGAACUAUAGCUUCGUGCAGUUUGUGGACGUGGAAUCCGCAGUGCGGGCCCUGGAACGGAGCAAUGGUGCCCAGAUGGACGGCCGCACACUGGCUGUGGAAUUCGUGCAGGUGAGAAUUCCCUGGGAUACCUUCGGCUCCUCGAGGACUGUUAUGCCGAUUUCCGUUGUUACUCGAGCAUAA